AUGGAUCUCCAGACCGUAGAACGAUGUCUCAAUUUAUUAAAGACGAGGUAUAUCUGACACUUCAAUACGAUAUAUACCGAGCCGGCACAGUCUGACAGCCUGUAUAGUCCAUCGAUCGAUACCGUGGAUAUCACCGGCGGAGCGCCCGAACUAAAUCCCUAUUUCAGGACUCUCGUAGCUGAGGUACGACUGACUCCCCGCGUUUCUUGCGUCGGCUCACACGCUCCAGGCACGAGCAAUGGGCAAGAGGGUCAUUGACCGAUGCAAUCUUACCGUCCUUUUCGAAAAGGGGCAGGAAGACUUGGCAGACUUUCUUGCCGAGCGGAAGGUCGACGUGGUGGCUUCGCUACCUUGUUACACUCAGGACAACACCGACAAACAACGCGGCAAGCAGGUAUUCAAUGACAGGUAAGCUCUCUUUGAAUCGAUAGCUUCGUUCUCUAACAUUCCGCGACAGUGUCACUGCAAUCAAGCUGCUCAACGACAAGGGCUUCGGUCGCGGCUCUGAACAGACUUCCCUUAGACUGGACCUUGUAUACAAUCCGCUAGGCCCGUCUCUCCCUCCACACCAGAUUCAACUGGAAGCAGAUUACAGACAUCGCUUAUGGAAAGAUCACCAGAUCACCUUCAACUCGCUCCUUGCUAUAACCAAUAUGCCUAUCAAACGAUUUGCCGACGACCUCUACCAGACAGGGCAAUACGCAUCCUAUAUGGGACUACUCGCGAAUGCUUUCAAUCCAAGCACCGUCCCGGCUCUGAUGUGUCGGAAUACCGUCAACGUUGCGUGGGAUGGUAAGAUCUAUGACUGCGAUUUCAACGCUGCGUUGGAGCUCAACAGCGCAAUGAGCGACGCCGAAGGGAACAGGACUCGGAGAGCUGAUAUUUGGGCAGUCGGUAUGUUCAAUCCAUAGCAGUCCAGGACAGAUGGUAAUUCCGCUAACUCAAGUCGCAGAGAACCUGUCUGACCUGCAGAAUGGCUUGAUCCGUACGAACAAACAUUGCUACGGCUGUACCGCGGGCUCGGGAUCCAGCUGCGGCGGUAAUCUCGCCUGA